AUGGCGCCCACCAUCAAAGAAACAGAAGACCAGACAGAUCGGCCUCUCUCAAAGGGAGGAGAGGCGCACGAGAAGCUCUGUGGAGGACUAAACUACAUACACAAAAUGUUCCAAGAUGGACUACAUAAACCACAUACCUCUAAAAGAGACUUUCCCACAUUGCAUACCAGCACACAACAGCCUUCCCGCAGAAAACCAACGAUGAGCCCACGAGUGUCGGAAGAGAAUCCACCAGAACCAAUUGCCAGACGACAAGCAAAAGCCUUGGCUGACAAGGCAACCGAGACUCUUUCAGUAAAUUUGUCUGGUCUAACGAAUUCGACAUCACGAAAGACUCUAUUGGCCUUCAAACACAGGUUGUAUAUAUGA